AGAAGCACCUCUACUCUUCUGCAACUGCAGGUAAGAGCUUGAAAAACACGCGUUGGCGAACAUGGUUUCCAAAAAUCCACCGUUCAAGGUUUGGGCCAUUUCCCGUUUAUACUUCCUUUUCACCGCUCCCGACAUAUUUCGAUGUGUCAAAUGAUGUACCUUCCCACCAACUCUGCCUCAUAAACGAUAAUUCUGGGCUCUUCUUCGAAGGCUCGCAGAGAGAUUCUUGCUGAGAUGGGAUACGAGUUCACAAUAGUGACUGCAGACAUUGAUGAGAAAAGUAUUAGGAGGGAAAAGCCAGAAGAUUUGGUAAUGACAUUAGCUGAGGCAAAGGCUGAUGCUAUUGUGCAAAGGCUUUCUACUGGAGUUUCAUUGGAGGAAGAUACUUCUACAACACUGUUAAUUACUGCAGACACAGUUGUGGUGUAUCGAGGAACAAUCAGGGAAAAACCAACUAGUGAAAAAGAAGCACGGGAAUUCAUCAAAGGAUAUUCUGGUAGUCACGCAGCAGUAGUAGGAUCUGUUAUAGUAACUAACAUUGCAACUGGAAAACGUUGUGGGGGAUGGGACAGUGCAGAGGUUUACUUCCUUGAAAUUCCAGAUGAGGUCAUUGAUAGUCUGAUUGAUGAGGGGAUUACAUUCAACGUUGCUGGAGGUUUGAUGCUGGAACAUCCACUGACAUUACCCUUUGUGGAUGCAGUAGUUGGCUCAGCGGAUACCGUCAUGGGUCUUUCCAAAGCUCUUACAGAGAAACUCUUAUUGGAAGCUCUAUAGAUGAUGCAGCAAUAGUACAAUUAUAUUCUGAGAGAUUCCACGUGCUGGCUAAAGGCGAAAAUUACUGCAAUUAUAUUCAAAAAUUGUUUGACCGAUUCAUGUAAUGCAAAAUACAAACAAGAAUGCCCGAGACUUCACUGGUCAUUUUUGUCACGAGCUGAAAAAGCUUGUUAUUUAACUUUAAUGAUUCAUUUCUCAGUUUUGCGUGCAUGACAUGAUUGCGGGCUUUUCUCAGUCUUGCAAGGCAUGAUUGAUUGUAUCA